AUUAAUUGCGUCAAGGAUUGGAGAAUCGAUCGUUUGCGAUCCUACAGUUCGAUCCUACAGUUCGAUCCUACAGUUCGAUCUUACAGUUCGAUCCUACAGUUCGAUCCUACAGUUCGAUACUUUCAAAGAGCGAGAGCGAAAGGAAGAGAAAGAAUGCACAUUCGGAAUCGUGAGAAAAUAGAAAAAAUGCGAAGCGAAAAAUCUUUGAAAAGAUCGUUAACAAUGAGACGUCUUUUCAUAUUGCAAAUGUUCAUCUUGAUCGCUCGUACAACUUCGGAAAGUUUGCGACGAGAACAUUUGAACGUAAGAGGAUUGUACACGCUAGAAAAUCAUCUUUAUGAUCACGAGAUCGUGAUACCCCGUAAGGUUAGCCAUAAAGGCGAGUUAGUCUCGCAUAACGUGAGUCAUCAUCACGACGAGAACGGAUCUGAAGUACAUUAUCGGUUGACGGUAGCCGGCAAAGAGUAUCAUAUCGAAUUGACAGCUGUCGAGGACUUCAUCGGAUCGAGUAUCAUCGUCGAGAGACACAAACGCGAUUACCAUAUUCGGGCACCGGCAAAAAACCGUUCAACCAAGUGCCAUUAUCGUGGAUUCAUCCGUAACCAUCCGAAUUCUCGUGUUGCUUUGUCUGCUUGCGAUGGUCUGGCGGGUGUACUACACAGUGUGGAUGGCGAGUUCUGGCUGGAACCAGUCGCCGAAGAGGUGGAAAAGGUACAAGAGAAGGUGGAAAGACACGAGAGAAGACGUAGAAGUAGUUGGAUCCACGUACCGUCAAAGGUGCUCGACGGCAAAGGUGGUCGUCCUCACCUCGUUUUCCGGCGAGCUGCCGAGAAACGAAGGCGUGAAAUUGGCGCCGGCUUGCCAUCAGCUCGAGGACCCAGACGCCGGCGCAAAAAAAAGAAGAAACAAGAGAGAAACUGCGGCACUCGCGAACCAAGACGAUUGACGGAGACUCGUCUCGAGUGGCAAACGCAGCCUGGUCUGGUUCAAGUUCAGGGUCGAGGCCGAAAGAAGCAUCAUCCAACGAAAUGGUGGCAACGUUCCAAGAGAUCGAUCAGUAGACCACGUCACGUUGAAGCACUCGUAGUUGCAGAUACAACGAUGAUGGCUUUCCAUCAGGACGGCAACGUUGAAACUUAUCUUCUGACGAUUAUGAAUAUGGUUUCCUCGCUCUAUCUUGAUCCUACCAUUGGCAACUUUAUUAACAUAGUCGUCGUCAGAAUCAUUCUCGUUGAGGAUGAAGAAGCUGAGCCGGACAUCACAGUGAACGCGGACAAGACCCUCUACAAUUUUUGCAAAUGGCAACAAAAACUGAAUCUAGGGGACGAUUCGCACCCGAAUCAUCAUGACGUCGCGAUUCUCGUGACGAGAGAGGACAUAUGCUCAAGAGCAAAUACACCUUGCAGUACGUUGGGAGUGGCCCACGUGGCUGGCAUGUGUCAACCCGAUCGUAGUUGUAGCGUCAACGAGGACAACGGUAUCACCCUCGCGCACACAAUCACUCACGAACUUGGACAUAACUUUGGAAUGUACCACGACACGGAAAAAAUCGGUUGUAGUAAACGCGAUGGUGAUACUUUACACGUCAUGACGCCCACAUUCGAAGUGGACACUGUUGGUGUCGCUUGGUCGAGAUGCUCCAGAAGAGAUAUUACCAAUUUUUUAGAUCAAGGAAAAGGUGAAUGCCUAGAAGAUGAACCUACUGUCCAACCCACUCAGUAUCCUUAUCCGAUACUACCACCAGGAGCUAUGUAUAACGCUGAACACCAAUGUAGACUUCAAUUUGGCGUCAGAGAUGCAUCGGUCUGCUCUCCUCUGCAGGAGAUUUGUUCUAAAUUAUGGUGUAUCGUCGAUGGUUCCUGUACAACCAUGUUACAUCCAGCUGCACCUGGAACUCAUUGCGAAAAACAUAUGUGGUGCCAAAAUCAAAAAUGUGUACCGAUCGUCGAUCGAUCGCAUCCAAUUGACGGCAGUUGGGGCGAAUGGGGUUCCUGGAGCGAAUGUUCGAGAAGUUGCGGUGCUGGGGUGUCGAUCAUUGAAAGGAAAUGUGAUCACCCGGAACCAGCGCACGGUGGCAAAUUUUGCAUCGGUGAAAGACGCCGAUAUAAAAUUUGCAACACGGAGCCUUGUUCCGAAGGAACUCCCAGUUUUCGUGCAGUCCAGUGUAGUAAUUAUGAUGGAAAAGAAUAUAAAGGAAAAAAUUACACUUGGCUGCCUUACUUUGAUCAGACCGAACCAUGUAAACUUUAUUGCACUGACAUAGAGGAAAGCGUGAUUGUUCCUUGGGGUGAAGCUGCCCUUGAUGGUACGCCCUGUAACGUCGGUAGCAGAGAUAUGUGCAUCGCAGGAAUAUGUAGAAAAGUCGGCUGCGAUUGGAUCGUUGAUUCUGAUGCUACGGAAGACCGAUGCGGUAUCUGUCACGGCGAUGGCACACAGUGUGAAACUACUAAUGGAAUUUACGACAAGAACGAUGGUUCAGGAUACAAGAAAGUCAUUGUAAUUCCUUACGGAUCACGUAAUAUCAAAAUAGAAGAAAUUGGAAAUAGUAAAAACUAUAUUGGCAUUGGAGUACCAAAGUCUAACAAGUACUUCCUUAAUGGAAAACGGCAGAUCACUCUGGCAGGAGAAUACGAAGUUGCCGGAACUCCGGCCCUUUAUGAACGUGAACGGGACAGGGAAAAGAUUAGGAUACCUGGCCCUAUCAAAGAAGACAUUACGAUUUACUUAAUUUAUAGAGGACACUAUCGGAACUUUGGUCUGCGUUACGAGUACACAGUACCAAAGGAACCUGAUCGUGCCCCGGAAUAUAUCUGGAUAUUUUCCGAUUGGUCGUUAUGCACGGUAACUUGUGGCGGUGGUACGCAAACGUCUCAAGCUCUCUGUCAGGAAAAAAAGAGUGGCGCUGUGGAAGAACAUUUUUGUAAUACCACGAUUAAACCCGAAGCAAAAUUACGCGAAUGUAAUUCAAAUCCUUGCCCUGCCAGAUGGUGGGUAGGCCCAUGGCAAGGGUGUCCUGUGACCUGCGGCAAAGGUGCUUUGCGUAAAAGGUCAGUCAUGUGCGUGUCAUCGGGUACAGGAAAGGAUCGAUCUGACAUCAUUUUACCAGACAAAGAUUGUGACAAGAAUACAAUACCCGAGGAAAUAAGUCCUUGUCAAAAUUUACCACCAUGUGAAGAACUAUCCUCGGAAAUACCAUUGAUAGUUUAUACAGAAAACAAAGACGCGUCAUUUUACAAUGUUAGCUCGAACGAUAACGAUGGUAUUACGUUAGACGAUGUUCUGACCACCCCAGAACCAGAAAUCCUUGAAUUCGACAAUGUCUUUGAUGAAAAUCCAAACAAUUCGAUGUACAAUACCAAAUCCAAGUGGAUUGUUUCGAGAUGGAGUCAUUGUUCUUACGGAAAAAGAAACAGAAAAGUCACUUGUUCGAAUCCAGGAGAUUGUAAUUUGGAUGACAAACCUAUCAGCGUAGAGAAUUGUCUUGAGGGAAAAUGGAUCGUCGGAGAUUGGGGAGCGUGCAAUGCGACUUGUCUUAUAAAAUACGGAGUCAAAAGUAGAGAAAUUGAGUGUCGCAAUGAAAUAACAAACUUAUUAUCUAGUGAUUGUAACUAUGAGAAAAAGCCAAUUGGUAGCAAACGAUGUUACUAUAGAAAACACUGCAACAACGAUAAAGAUGAUUGCAACGACAGUAUAAUACCUUUGUCGAUGUGUGCCACUUACGGACGUAUGUGCGACGUUUCCUCGAUUGUGCGACAAAAAUGUUGUGCCACUUGCUUCAAGAAACGUAAACAUAUACGUCAUAAUAGACGACACGCCUUCUUCUAACUUUAUUAAUGAUAUCCCUUUAAUGUUUCAAUUAAUCUUGUUAAAACGACAUCAUACAAAUUAAUCUUCAAUAGCAGAAAUUUAUUAUUGACGCUAUUUUAUCUGUGUAUCUAUAAUUUUAAUAAAAAGAUGAUAG